AAUGGCUCUGCCACCAUCCAAGCUAUACCAUCCCGUGGACAUCAAAGGCUCACGAGUCCUCAUCACUGGUGCUACUGCUGGCAUUGGAGAGGCUACCGCUCGUCGCUUCGCCGAGAUCGGCUGCGAAAUUUACCUUAUUGGUCGGCGGGAAGACCGGCUGAAGGCUUUGAAAACGGAACUCGAGAAACUACCAGGAACUAAGAUCCAUCCCAUCGUAUUUGAUCUGAAGAAUGUGGAUAAAAUGCAGCGGAUCGUCGAUGAGGUUGGCGGCUCACUUGACAUCCUCGUGAACAAUGCUGGUUAUGCAGUCGGCAGACCAGCCGCUUGGGAAGCUGAUGUCACUGAUAUUCACAACAUGUUCAAUGUGAAUGUGAUCGGCUAUAUGGCAUUAAUAAGACUGUUCCUCCCAGGCAUGCUGCGCCAAGGACGCGGUCACGUUGUGAACGUUAGUUCGAUAUCAGCCACUGAGCCUUGUGAUCAUUCUUCUGUUUACACCGCUACCAAAUACGCCUUGAAUGGAUACGCGAUGGCCGCCCGUAUGGAUAUCGUGGACACGCCAAUUCGAAUCACCAAUAUCUCCCCUGGCAUGGUUCAUACUGAAUUCCAGCGGGCUCGCUUCAACCACUCCCCCUCUAUGUUUUCUACUGCUGACUCUGUCUAUGAUAACAUUGUUUAUCUCAACCCAGAGGAUAUCGCGGAUCAGAUCAUAUAUUCUGUGACACGGCCAGCACAUGUCCAAAUCGCCGACAUUAUCAGCUACUCGACAAACCAGGCUCGUGAUAAAUACGUCGAAGCCAGAGUCGGCCCGGAUCUCGGGAAGGCGGAGUGCCUGCGUAAAUUCUCCAGCCUGUGAUGAACGAUGUCGCUUUCAUGCCAUACCGCACUUUUUUCAAUUUCACCGGUGCGAGAUCCAACUCCUGCGUCGGAGGCCGCUUUCGAAAAGCAUACGCA